GAGCUCGAAAGCGGCAUCCAGAUGGCAACCAAGCAAGGCGACCACGCCACGGCGCGCAAGUGCACUGCCCAACUGGCCGAGCUCAGACGUGGCCCCAGCCUCACCGUGCAGGAGCGAGCUCAACAGUGCCACCGCCGCAUCAGAAAGCUCGAGGAAGCCCUGCGAGAAGAAGCCGACAAUCUGGAUAACUACCAGGCCGGGGUUCGGACGCAGACGGUGCGCGCCCGGAAGCCCGAGUCGGAAUUGGCGGAAGCAGACGGGGAGCGCACCGCGAUCGUCUCGGAUUUUGUGGGGAAGGUCAGCAGCAAAGAGUCUGAGAGCGGGAGGCGGGACGUCGGCACCAAGGGCAAAUCGGACAUCAUCGCUGUCAUCGACGUCGGCGGCUUCCUCAAGAUUGGCGAAGGGUUCGAGCUCACAGGCGAGGGCGUCAAGAUCCCCGACGGAAAGACGGAGCAGCUCCGCAUCCAGAUGCAA